CUCCCUUUUCAUAUUCGCACCUUACACCACGCGCCUGAACGUGCUGCAACUAGCUGACACUGCAGAAGCGUCUCACCUCACAAACAAUAUGCAGACGUGCAAGAUGGCCCUCCGGGGUCAGCGCAGCCAGUUUGCGGGCAGCCCCAAGCCGUUCACCAGCGCGCGGACGCAGCGUGCGGGUCUGCAGGUGAUGAACGCCAUUACUCGUCAGAAGAAGGAAGAAGUGGUUACUACCCUGAAGGAGAAGCUGGACAAGAGCAUUAUUGUCUUUGGCAUGCGCUUCAAGGGUCUGGACGUGCCCACUAUCCAAAGGUUCCGCAAGGGCCUGCCGCCGAACUGCUCCGUGUAUGUGACUAAGAACACACUAAUGAAGGUGGCCAUCUCCCAGACCCAGGGGUGGGAGACGCUCGCCGAAAAGGGUUGCCAGGGCGAGAAUGCCUGGGUGUUUGUGAACGAGGAGGAGAUUGCGGACGCCGUGAAACACUAUUUCAAGUUUGAGGAGGACCUGUUCACGGAAGCUAAGAAGCAGGCCGCAAAGAACCAGGAGGUUAAGCCGCCCACGGAGCUUUCCUGUGUAGUCAUGUCCGGGAAGUACCUGACGCCGGCUGAGCUCAAGAAGUGCGAGAACCUACCAACGAAGGCGCAGCUGUAUGCGACGAUUGCACGCCUUGCAAAGCAGCCUGCUCAGAAGCUGGCAACGGGCAUUAAAAUGGUGCCUACGAAGUUGGCGAUUGCACUGAAGAAAGUGUCAGAGCUGGAUGAUGAUAAGAGCAAGACGCUUGCUCAGGUGGUGAAGGCGUGAAGCACCUGGCUAGGGUAAAACCGUCCAGGGUGAUAACGCAAUUGCUGGAAGAAUGUUUUGCUCCUAGUUUUUGUCUUCAGCGCGGUUCGUCCAGCAAUUUUACCGUCGUGUUGGACGCGGCCGUGUAUUUGUCGGCGGUUAUGAACGUAUGACUAGCGACGUAUGCAUCUCUGCCAGCGAAGCGUUUGUUAAUGGGUUUGGUAUCUGACUUCCCCAGGUCUAUUGGUGGAGACCCACGAGCGCUAAUGUGUUUCAUGUAAGGACGAGCCAAAAUCGUUAAUGCCGAUGUGCUCUGGGUCACAGUCAAAGGCGGGCGAAGGUAAAUACGUAGUGUAGGAGACAGAAAUGCGAGUCACGUUAUGCAGCAUUCUGUAACGAAAAGAAAUUUG